AUGUGUCCUUUUAAGUUUGUUGUUCAUGUAAAAGGAAAUGGAGAAAUGAUUAUGGAUUGCACAGGAGCCAUUAUACACACAGGAACUGCAUUUCACGCCAGACCAAUACGUCGGGAUGAGCGUCAAGUAUUACAUGAUGAAUUAGCUAUGAGUGCCAGCGCAACUGGAAUGUUUAAUAAGAAGUUGUUAGCCACACCACAAGAUGUUCUGAGCGCUCGUAAUUUGGAUGAUGUAGGGAAAAAUUCCAAAAAAUUAUCGACUCAAAAACUCUAG